AUGAAAUUGAGCUCGUACCUGGUUGGCAACAGUGCCCAACUCACUGCUCAAUGCUGUGGCGGAGCACAAGCAUUGGACAAACUUGCCAGCGCUUCACAAGCAGAUAGGCAGGCUAUUUGCAAGUGUUUGAAGAAUGCCGCACAGCGUCUGCCUAUCCUCCAAGAUAGGGCCCAGCAAAUCCCUCCACUGUGUCAACUCACUACUAAUCUGAAGAUUGAUCCCAACAUUGACUGCACCAAGUCUGCCUCUAUCAUGCUUUCACGAUUAUGA